GUAUAGACCCCGCGCCAAUGUUACCUCUCACCUUACCCAAACCUAUCAAAUCCCAACCUAGAUCCCCCAAAUCAAAGAAAGAACACAAAGAAUUAGAGAAAUCUAAACAUAGAAGCAUUUUUAUUUCCUAGAGAAGAGGUGAUUUCACUUACGUUCGGAGGGGAUGAGCAGUGAAAAAGGGAGAUGGAGAUGGAGUUGGAGUUCAGCACUGAUAGGAGCAGCAGCAGCAGCAACAGCGGCAACAGCACUUGCAAUAGGACGACCGAAAGAUCCAACAUUCGAACUAAUAUCAAUCAAACCGAAAUCAUUCGACUUAAAACAUCUACCAGUAGUUGAUGCAGAUCUUAUCUUAACCGUACAUGUGACAAACCCUAACAUGGUACCAAUCAAAUACUCGUCAUCUUCAAUGUCUAUUUUCUAUAACGGUUCAUUUCUUGGUUCCGCUCACAUAUUAGCGGGAUCCCAUCCUCCGAAAUCUUGUCAACUUCUAAAACUUCCAGCUCGGCUUCACCUGUCUUCUCCUGCCGCUUCCCGGCUGGUAUCGGAUGUGGCAAAACGGGAAUUGGUUCUCGACGCGGCUGUUGAUAUCGGUGGGACAGCAAAAGUUUUGUGGUGGGACCACAGGUUUAAUGUACACGUGGAUAGUCAUUUUGUUGUUGAUCCUGUUUUUCUUGAUGUUAUUCAUCAGCAAAAUAAGGCUAAGCUUCAGCUUUUCUCUAGUUGAUUCAAGGAUUAAGAACACUUUACUGUUCUUAUUUAUAGGGAAAAUAAUAGGUGUAGUUAUGUCAUUUUUCAUUUUGGUGUUAAACGUUUUUUCUAGCUUUCGUCUACUUCAGAAAUGGAUUGUUUGUUUGUUUUGGAAA